AUGCCACAAAGAGGGAUGCCUAUCCAGCUGUCGACGACGAGAAGGAUCCCAGAUGAUUCUCCGUCCAUCAACUUCGCCAUGAAAGGAAACGUCGAUGGUCUGAGAUUCCUGUUCAGUCAAAAACUAGCACACCCAAAGGAUGUCAGCCAAUCCCGAGGCUAUACUUUAAUGCGAUGGGCGCUCUACGGUGGGAUGCACAACUAUUAUGAAACCGUCAAAUUCCUCAUCAGUCAAGGGGCGCCUGUCGACGAAAUCUCUUCUAACAACGUCUGGGGCUUCGCUUUUCGCGGCAGCAGCACGGGAGUGGAGCAGGACGCACUUCGCUGUGUCACGGAGGGGUCCUUGGCUGCUAAACUGGGUGAAAACCCAAACGCUAUCUACCUCACGGAUACACAAAACCGAACGGUACUUGACUGGGCAACAGCAAGAGCUCAACUGGAAGAUAUUACUCUCCCGCUGAGGUAUGGUGCUGACCCCAACAACACGGAUGAGACAUGGAGGACCCCAGUGCUACAUGCUGUCGACAGUCACAACAUCCCAUGUCCCCGUCUGAUACUUAAGGGAGGCGGGAAUCCCAAUCCAGUAAUGCCGAAAGGUAUAUACCAGAGCAGUCCCUUGACGGCUGCGGGCUUUGCCGGAACGCCAGAAAUGCUCAAACUACUUCUCGACUUUGACGCCAACCCUAAGGCAUGCAACCCCGAAGGGUUGACGGCCUUGCAUUCGGUCGCGCGUACACAGAACGUCGAAUGCGCACGCCUGUUGCUCGAGUAUGGUGCGGAUCUGAAUGCCAUCUCUGGCAACGGUGUGACUCCGCUCACAACCGCAAUCAUGCAUAAUAAUCAUGCAGUCAUGAGACUAUUUGUUGAUCACUGCUACGAAUAUAUCACCACUGCAAGUCUUAGAGGUGUCAAACUCCUCUCGGCCGUUGCGGAGUUCGCCGACGUCGAAACCAUCAACAUUCUCUCCUCGACGCAUCCGAUGAAGCGACGUCGCGACUACAGCGACGAUCUGUUCCAGGCUUUCGAGGAGCUUAUAGCCACCGCCACCGCGGAGGAAGCCGAGUGUCGCUCGACUGAUAGUUUAGUCGAGUCGGGUCUUUUUCUCUCUGCAAAGUCGUCAUUUCAUGAGGAGUUGGCAGAAGCCCUUGCUCAGCUUGAAUCUGUUGCGACUGCCGAGAGCGUUGAAGCAGAGAGGAAAAUACUGGGCUCGACAUAUUGGACGAUUGGGCGAUAUACCACUGACUUCAAUGAGAUACGAGCAAUGACAGACAGUCUGAAGUCUAUAGUGAACGUAGGAACCAGACAAUUGAGGCCGCAGAGGAGUGAUAUUUAUCCCAUAGCAAAACAAUCCGUGGAUUGGCGGACUGUGCUCGCUUAUUACUCCACUAUUUGGGAGACCGAGUGGACCAAAAACGGCCGCUACACGGGAAGAACAGACAUCGCACUGACAGCUGAGGGCGAGAGCCAGGUCGACGGCACUGCAAAACUACUUGUUGGCACUGGCAAGCUUAUCGACCCAGAUCGGAUAGCGCAUGUGUGGGUCAGUCCACGGAAGCGGGCACAGCAGACCUUUCAUCUCCUGUUUAGUAACAGCGGCUCUGGAGUCUCACAUGACAAGGUCACACUGACCGAGGAUAUCGCCGAGUGGGACUACGGCGACUACGAGGGCUUGGUAGUCGACGAGAUUGUCCGAAGACGAAAAGCGAAAGGCUUGGAUCAAGAGCGCAAGUACAAUAUUUGGAGGGAUGGAUGUGAAGGCGGCGAAUCACCGCAACAGGUGGCUGAGAGGCUCGAUCGUUUGAUCGCGCAGAUCAAGGAUGUCCAGGCGCCACAUAUGAAUGGAGGGAAGCCGGCUGAUGUCGUGCUGGUCGCACACGGCCUCAUCCUCCGUUGCUUUGUCAAACGAUGGCUGAAAUACCCCAUAGAUGACCCAUUGCCGAUGAUGUUCUCACCAGGGGCAAUUGCGAUGCUUAGCUACAAGAACCAUGAUAUAGACAGUCCGGCAUUCUUUAUUGGUAUGGCGUUGCCUUCUCAGCCCUAG